GGGGGACUGGCGGCGGUGUGGUUGGAGGUCUGGGAGGAGUACCGUAGAGGUCUUGGCGUCGCUAGCGCCGGGGUCACAGCGGUCGACCGUUCCUUUGAUAUCAUCGAGCCGUCGGUGCCCGGCCCUCGCCCUGCCGCUGGGGUCGGACCAGACGGCCGGCGUCGCUCCCUCCAGAUCUUCGCCGCCGUCGUAAUCGCCUCGCAUUGGGUUCUUCACUUUCUAAAUGGCUUUUGAAGCAUAGAGGAAUUGCUAGGCCUCCAUGACUCCUACCAACUCUUCUUGAUGCAAAGCUUGUGGUUUUCCUCCAUUUCAUGAUUGUUAAUGUGCAUCUUCCCCUCUCCGUAACCGCGUCAGCCUCUGUGUUUGGCGUGCGCACGAAGAAGAGGAAGAAGACAUCUCAGUUUGGCUUUCCUGGCCUCCUCAUUAACCUUUGACGAUACCUUGGUGAUUUCCAUGUCUUUUAAUUUGGACAGCCCUGUUCAGACCCAGAUGGCAGUUUCAGUCUUAAAACAUACCACAAGUGGUGAUUUAUGUGGUAACAGAAUUGGCGAAGGAAAACCGGUGGGGCGGCGUCGGGUGUUUAUCCAGACCGAGACGGGCUGUGUGUUGGGUCUCGAGUUGGACCGCCAGGACAAUGCCCACACCGUGAAGAGGAAGCUGCAGAUUGCGCUCAAUGUUCCCACUGAGGAGAGCUCUCUCACUUUUGGUGAUCUUGUGUUAAAGAAUGACCUCAGUGCCAUCCGGGGCGAUUCCCCGUUGCUUCUCUCGAGGAACUCGAUGCACAGGAGUUCCUCGACCCCGUGCCUGUCCCCGAGCAUAAAAGAUCAUCAACAGAGGGAUUCCAGUGGGCCGAUUGAGAUAUUGGGUUGCUCAAGCCGCUGUGACCGGAUGAAACAGCUCGUCAAGGAUGCCGUGAAGGCCAUUAAGAGUGGUGUCGAUCCCAUUCCUGUUCACAAUGGGCUCGGAGGUGCCUACUAUUUCAGGAAUAGCAAUGGUGACAAUGUUGCAAUCGUCAAGCCAACGGACGAGGAACCAUUUGCGCCUAACAAUCCAAAAGGUUUCAUUGGUAAAGCCCUUGGCCAGCCAGGUCUGAAAAGAUCUGUACGUGUUGGUGAGACGGGCUUCAGGGAGGUUGCCGCAUACCUUUUGGACUAUGGAAACUUUGCAAAUGUUCCUCCGACAGCCCUUGUAAAGAUAACCCACUCGGUGUUCCAUGUCAACGAUGGAAUGAAUAAUAACAGUGGAGCCAGGCACUGCAGCAGAAAGCAGCAGGUGAUCAGCAAGAUUGCUUCUUUCCAGCAGUUCAUUCCUCAUGAUUUUGAUGCCAGUGACCAUGGCACAUCGAGCUUCCCUGUCGCUGCGAUACACAGAAUUGGGAUACUUGAUAUAAGAAUUUUCAACACAGAUAGGCAUGCUGGAAACUUGUUGGUGAGGAAGCUUGAAAAUGGGAUUGGUAGGUUUGGGGGAAGGAUGGAACUGAUCCCUAUAGAUCAUGGCCUCUGCCUGCCGGAGAGCUUGGAGGAUCCCUAUUUUGAGUGGAUCCACUGGCCACAGGCAUCAGUACCAUUUUCCAAGGAUGAGCUAGAAUAUAUUGCCACUCUUGAUCCGAUGAAAGAUUCUGACAUGCUUCGGAUGGAAUUGCCAAUGAUCCGAGAAGCCUGCCUCAGAGUCUUGGUCUUGUGCACAAUUUUCCUCAAGGAAGCAGCAGCUUUUGGGCUUUGCCUAGCGGAGAUCGGUGAGAUGAUGAGCAGAGAGUUCAGGGGAAUGGAAGAAGAACCUAGUGAGCUGGAGGGCAUAUGCAUCGAGGCAAUGAGGUUAGCAGCAGAAAGAGAGGGGUUUUGUCCAAAACCUGUGUUAGAGGAGGAAGAAGAUUUCCAGUUUCAGAUGGAAUGCAAUGAGGAUGAUCAGCAUGUGAUGUAUAAUUCAUUGCAUUCGUUCGACUUUGGACUGAAUGGAGGAUGCCCCAGAAGCCUUCUGUCAAGGUUGGAGGAGAGCAUGGAGGAAGAAGAGGAAAAUGAUGAGGAGAACAAAGAGAGCAGUGUCACCGGCUUCCCACAUGUUUGUGAGAAACUUCUGUAUGUUUCCGAGCUUUCGGCAUCACUGAAAGGUGUCAGCAUCACUGGAAAGACUCGGAGGAACCAGGUUGGAACACAGAACAGGAAUACUUAUAGUACCGGUAAGGCAUACAAUAGGGAUGGUGGAGGCAUUCAAUCUGUGAAUAGUAGGAGUGCUGAUGAAACACUUCCUUCAAGCGUGAGUUUUGUGAGGCUGGCAGACAUGGAUGAAGAGGAAUGGGCAGUUUUUCUUGAGAAUUUCCAGGAGUUGUUGCCCAAUGCAUUCCAGCAUCGGAAGUGUUUGACCACAGGUCAAAGGCAGAUGCAGAGACUGGGCACUUCUUGCCAGUUUUGAGUAGGAGAUGAAAUGGAGACAGGAUAGAGUGGAUCGGUAGUUUGAUUCCAGUUUGUUGUUUGCGCUGCCCUUUCAUGUAGGUGUGAAGCAUGAAGCAGGAUUAGAAUAACAUCAUGCAGAUCGGCUAGGGAGGAGGAAGUGAUCUUGUAUAUCUUGGGUUGUAGUUGCUUGAAAUAAAACAUUAGGGAAGUUGUGUACAUUUGUUAGACAGGAAUCAUGGGUAGGUCGGAGUUGCUUGAAAUAAAAUUUUAGAAAAUUCAUGUAUAUUCUUUGGACAAAAGAUGUUAGUUCUUCAUUAUCUUUCACUUUCUCUGCAUGUCGAUACUGGCUUUGGAUCAGGUGACUGUGAAGUGGUUGUCAUUUAGUUUGAAUUAUUGUCUGUUUAACCAAUCUUCCAA